AUGGGGAUGUUUGCGGGGCAGCAGAAAUCGUGCUUCUUCACUCUGUUUUAUUCUCGUGUGCCUCCUCCUCUCCCCGCUCUCUCUGUGUCUAGGAACUGGCUACCCCUUCCUGUCUCUCUCUCUCCUCUCUCACGCGGUUAUCUCUUGGCCACUGCUUCCCUCCUCCGCAUCGGGGUCGCCCUCGUCGCGCUCGCUCAGCCGAGCCUCAGUCCCCCGGGGUUUUGCGGAUUUGGACCGAAGACGAGCGCCUCCUUCCCUCCUUGUCCUCUGCUGAAGCGGCAGGUGGAAGAACCUGACAGGGGAGAAAUCCCGCCGCCGGCGGAGGACAAUGCUUCAGCCGGGAUUUGGACCGAAGACGAGCGCCUCCUUCCCUCCUUGUCCUCUGCUGAAGCGGAGCGAGGGGUGAUUGUGCUUGUGGGGAAGCAUCUUGAGUUGGCGGGGCUAUCCACCUGCAGAGGGAGGAGGCUUAAUCCUGGAGACGGGGUCUCUUUCUCCUUCCCUCCUCUCCCCUCUCACCACCACCAACAACCCACCUCCCCUUCCGCCGCCAAAUUCCCUUCAAAACGUCGCUUUUCCUCUGCAGCAGCAGCAGCUUCCUCUUCUUCUGAGAUUGUCCGCUUCUCCACACAAGACAACGGCGAGGAGAUUGGGCGAAUCCCCAACGAGUGGGCUCGCUGCCUUUUGCCCCUCGUGAAAGAAAACAAGGUCAGAAUCGAUGGCUUUUGCAAAUCGGCUCCCCAAGUCCUCGGCAUAAUGGACACCAUUCUCUUGUCUGUCAGCGUUUAUAUCAACAGUUUAAUGUUCUGCGAGCACCACCUGAGAUUAGUGAAGCCUACUGCCCCCACAACAAUGGAUACAUCCACUGUCCAUCCCCUGCCGACACUCUUCAGACUGCUUGGCCUCAUACCCUUCAGAAAGGCUGAGUUUAGUCCUGGGGACCUCUACAAUAAAAAAAGAAACAUAGAAUCCAAGGACAGUUCUGGAACUCUUGGAGUUGCAUUACCCCCUGCUAAAUGUCAGAAUUUAUCUUCGAGUGGAAACAGAGGAAAAGAAGAAGAUGAAAGCAUUCCAGACUGUGAACUAGAGACUAUUGUGGGGCUCUCUGACAGUUCUCAACUAGAGGAAUUGAAUCCCCCUGAUAUACUUCAGUGUGAGCUACGACCUUACCAGAAACAGGCUCUUCAUUGGAUGGUGCAUAUGGAGAAAGGGAGUAAUCUAGAGGAGGCAGCAACAACCCUUCACCCAUGUUGGGAUGCAUAUCGUCUUGCCGAUAAGAGGGAGUCUGUUGUCUAUUUGAAUUCAUUUUCAGGAGAAGCUACAACAAUAUUCCCUAGCACACUUCAAAUUGCAAGAGGAGGAAUUUUGGCAGAUGCUAUGGGACUAGGCAAGACCAUAAUGACCAUUGCGCUUUUGGUUACUCAUUUUGGAAAGGGGGGCUCAUGUACUUCCUCCGACAGCCAGGCCUCUGCUGUAGCUAACUAUUCCAACCACAUCCCCCAUAAAUCUCCGAACACUUCAAAGAAGUCAAAAGGCACAUCUGAUUUUAGCAAAUUGCUGAAGUUUAAGGCUCCACUUAUAGGAGGUGGCAGCCUGAUUAUCUGUCCUAUGACACUGCUAGGACAGUGGAAGGCUGAGAUUGAAACCCAUGUUCAACCUGGUACACUCACAGUUUACGUUCACUAUGGACAGAGUAGACCAAGGGAUGCAAAGUUCUUAGCUCAGAGUGACAUUGUUCUGACAACAUACGGUGUGUUGGCAUCAGAAUAUUCAUCUGAGAAUUCUGAAGAGAAUGGAGGGCUUUACUCAGUGCAGUGGUUCAGGAUAGUUCUUGAUGAAGCACAUAUUAUAAAGUCAUCCAAGAGCCAAAUUUCCAUAGCUACGGCUGCACUGGCUGCUGACAGAAGAUGGUGCCUUACGGGUACUCCUAUUCAGAAUAAACUGGAGGAUAUAUACAGUCUUCUUAGAUUUUUGAGAAUAGAACCUUGGGGAAACUGGGGGCUGUGGCAUAAACUCAUCCAAAAGCCUUACGAGGAAGGCAAUGAACGUGGUUUGAAAUUGGUGCAGUCCAUACUAAGGCAAAUAAUGCUAAGAAGGACAAAAUCUAGUACAGAUAGAGAUGGCAGGCCAAUUAUUGUUCUUCCACCAGCACGUGUUGAGAUAAUUUAUUGCGAGAUGACAGCAGCUGAGAAGGACUUCUAUGAUGCAUUGUUUAAAAGAUCCAAGGUGAAGUUUGACCAGUUUGUUGCACAAGGACGGGUCCUUCACAAUUAUGCUUCAAUAUUGGAAUUGCUUUUACGGCUUCGUCAGUGCUGCGAUCACCCAUUUCUCGUGAAGAGUCGUGGUGAUACCCGAGAGUUCUUAGAUCUGAACAAGCUUGCUAAGCGUUUCCUGCAAGGCGGUAAGGAUGCUAUUGGUAAAGAAUCCAACAUUCUACAAUCAGAGGCCUAUAUUAAGGAGGUUGUGGAGGAAUUACGUAAUGGUGAAGAAGGGGAAUGUCCUAUUUGCCUGGAAGUAUAUGAAGAUGCAGUAUUGACACCCUGUGCUCACCGCCUCUGUCGAGAGUGUCUCUUGGCCAGCUGGAGCAAUGCUACAACUGGCUCUUGUCCUGUUUGUAGGAGUAUCAUCAAUAGGCAGGAGCUAAUAACUGCACCCACCAGUAGCCGCUUCCAAAUUGACAUUGAAAAAAACUGGAUUGAAUCGUCAAAGAUUUCCGUUCUUUUACAGGAUCUGGAAAACCUUCGGUCUUCAGGAUCUAAAAGUAUUUUGUUCAGCCAAUGGACUGCAUUUUUGGAUCUUCUUGAGAUUCCUCUUUCAAGGAGAAACUUCACAUUUCUUCGUUUGGAUGGGACGUUAAAUCAGCAACAGCGAGAGAAAGUAAUCAAUCAGUUUACAGAAGAUGAUAACAUUCUGGUAUUACUGAUGUCUUUAAAGGCUGGUGGUGUUGGAAUAAACCUUACGGCAGCAUCUAAUGCCUUUUUGUUGGAUCCCUGGUGGAACCCAGCUGUUGAGGAACAAGCUGUCAUGCGCAUUCAUCGCAUUGGUCAAACUAGAACUGUUUCAAUCAAAAGGUUCAUUGUAAAGGGAACAGUAGAAGAAAGAAUGGAAGCUGUGCAGGCACGAAAGCAGAAGAUGAUCUCUGGAGCACUGACUGACCAGGAAGUUCGUACUGCAAGAAUAGAGGAACUAAAGAUGCUCUUCACUUGAAUGAAAGCAAACAUUUAACGCAUAGAAACGUAUGGAAAAUGAUGUGCCAGCAUUUCUCAUGUCAGUCCGACAAUGAUGCAGCCCUCCACUACAUUUAAAGAGCUAAAUUUCUGUGCCAAGUUUCUGCAACUUCAAUCAAGAAAAGCGCCAUGUACAAGACCAGCCACUCACACAGGGAGAUAUAUAGAUGGUUAAAGAGAUCAACCUGGUUAUGACUACCCCUAUAUCGUUUACGUUUGAUUCACACUUGGAUGGGUCGGAGGAGGAUUUUGAUCGACUGUUCAGGUUGAGAUUGCCACCCCCGAGUCGUAGAGGAGUGGGUGAUUGCUUCUCUUGUCAUACUAUAGCAAAGUAAUUCUGUGCAUAACCUAAGGCUUGUUAAUUAGCACAUUCAUCCCAAAUUUUCUUGCCUUUUACGUACGCCCUCAUGGGAUAUUAUUUUCAGUUAUUUACUAGGUCACAGUCAAACAGGGAUUACAUUUUGACUAAUUUUAGGUGAUUAUUUAAAUAUUGAAA